CCAGAGAUUAAAAGAGUAUAGGUAGUUGGUGAGAUUAAUUUUAGUAUAACUAUUCAUCUCAAACAGACGAUAUCACGAGUAAAAUUAGAAACUUCUGACAAAUCUAUUAUUUCAAAUUAUCAUAAUAACUAACUGAUGAAGAAAAUAGAACAGAAAGUUGAAAUCGAUUUUUUAAUAUGAACAUUUAUGGAGUAUACAACAGAAUAUACAGUUCAUAAGGGAUAAUUUCCCUUAAAAAGUGUAAUUAUUCACGAGACAAUGAACAUGAUGAAAUGUGGUUUGAUGCACUUGUAGAUCAAUCAACUUGAAAUGUUUACAAAACGUGAAUUCAAUUGUUCUUGGAAAACACGAACAAACUAGGACGCAAGCUAAUUAUCCUUGACUGGUGCAACGUCGACUAAGCGAAAGGAAAUAUUCUGUUGAUCACGUUACUCUGUCACUAUCCUGUUUCCUUCUGGACUAACAACCCAUUUUUGAGAAUACGCAUAUGCGUAAGGUGGAUAUUUGCUUUCGGGGUUGUAAGUGUUGUUACUUGGUUAAUCAACAUCCGUAAUCUGACAUAUUUAUUCCGCUUACCAUCUAACUAUAUCGUGGAAUAGAAACUAAUACACAUAACGUUAAGGAAAAAAGGAGGUGUUUCGGCUCAACUGAACUUCAUCAACUAUCUAUUGAACAAAAGGAGACAAUAAUAAUCAUGUUAAAUAUGAGUGAUUUAAAUGAAUCUAUACGAGCUAAUUGUACAGCUCGUUAUUUAUUAAAUGAAUCAUCAAUUGAUCCAAUCUCUAUAUUUGAUCGUCAUCCACAAUGUGAAUUACAAAGAAAAUUUAUGCCGAAUUUUUUAUAUGUUGUUAGAACAUUUAUGUUAGCUUGGUUAAUUACUGGUUUAUUCGGUAACUUUUUCUCAUUUAUUAUUUGGAUAUCAAAAGAGCAAAGAAGAAAGAAUAGUUCAGCAAUUUAUUUAUCUGCAUUAUCUUUAACCGAUUUUAUACUUAUACUUUUAUUAUUAAAUUAUGAUUUAGAAAGAUAUUGGUGUGUUCGUGGUGUAACAAUAAUCCCGGGUAUUUGUCAAAUAUUUCAAUGUUUAUUCAUUUUUACACAAUAUUAUUCAAUUGUACUUGUAUUCGGUUUUACACUUGAAAGAUAUUUAGCUGUAUGCUUCCCAUUUAAACGGCAUAAAUUAUGUACAACACAAAGAGCUAUAUUAGCAGUUAUUAUUUUAGCUUUAUUUAUUAUUGGACCAAUGUUAUCACAAGCAGUAUUAUGGACAUUUGAAAAAGGUGAAUGUCGUAUGCGUAUCAAUAUUGCUAUGGAUAAUAGAUUUCAAACAUUAUUAUUUGUACAAGAAGUAUUAUUCUCAUUGGUUAUCCCAUUAGCGACCUUGAUAUUCAAUAUUUUAGUGCUAUGUGAAAUGAGAAGAUUGAUUAAAUCAAGUAAUUUAUUAAAAAUAUCGAAACAUCAUUCUCAUACUACUAUGAAUAAUAAUAAUAAUAGUGAUAUUGAUGGUAACAGUUACAAUACAUGCCAAAGUUUAUUUCAUAAACGAAUCAGUUGUAAGAAUUUGUUUAAAUCACGUAGAUCAACUCUUAUGAAUGUUAAUAUAUUCCCUGAUAGGAAUGGUAGAAGAGGCAGUGAUAAUAAUACGAAUUAUAAUCGUAAUGAAUCCAUAGGAACCAUUAAAUUAAGUCCAAUUAGAACAUCAAAUAUUAAUUCAAUUGAACAAACAUAUUCAAAAGAAUCUUCACAAUUUGUUUCAGCUACAUUAAUGUUAAUUAUAUUAUCUUUUUAUUUAAUUGCAUGUACUGUACCAACUGGAAUUGUUUAUCUUAUUCAAUUUCGAUGGUUACAACCAGAUGAUUGUUUAAAUGAUGAAAUGAUUUUAAAAUCUGAUGAAUGGAAUACUUUUUUUCAACGUAUUGCUACAAAAGGUUUAAUUGAUGCAUUAUGUGCAUCACAUUAUGCAUGUAAUUUUUUUAUUUACUUUCUUACUUGUACAAGUUUUAGAAAAAAAGCUCUAUAUAUAUUAAAGUGUAAAUUCACUACAUUACCAUAUCAAUCAGAUUAUGUUACAGAGACAUUAAUUUUAUCUAGGCGUACUGCUCCAAGAUCAUUACGUCCAUUAUCAGAUAAUAAUGAUAAUAAAGGUGAACAGAUUGAUAAUAAGUCAUUGCUAAUUUAUAAUAAUUCAAAAUGAAUAUAAUUGAAUUGUUCAAUAUUUAAUAACUAUUUUAUUUUUUACACUAAUACUUUAUUUAUAUUAGUUACGGUUGUAAACUGUAGAAUUUACGAAGCACAACACAUUUUGCAUCAUCUAUGGGUUUACUUAUUAUGUUUAUGUUUUUGUUGGGAUUUAUCUCCAUCAUUGAACAAAAGGAAUAGUUAACUGGAUUCCUGUAAUCAUUAUUCCUAUCAUUAUUGAUGUGUUCACUAUGAAUUAUUUAUUUCUAAGAAGGCUGAGCUUGUUAUUUGUUUUAUUUCUGCCUUUAUUGUUUGUGAAUAUGUGUAUGGUCAGUGUACAAAAAAAGUUUCUGUUUUUUUUUUCGCCUAAAUUUCAUUUAUGUAAAUCAAUUAUCAUAUUCAUUUGUUAAAAAUAAAAAAUAUACUACGA